AUGGGUAAGCAACGCCGUAGGACUGCACAGUCUACCAAGAAACAACAACCUAAAGAAAGAUCUCCAUCUUCGUCUUCGGCCGACUCGACAUCUUCUGGCCAAGGAAAUCAUGAGGCCGGGACAUCGAAUCAUGAGGACCAGAAUGUCGAUUCGCCACUGACUUCGCCUGCAUCGACGAGAACAUACCAAAGACCAGACGAGAAAGGCUCAGAACACAGCGGCUCAGAAUUAUCAUACCAGAUACAGCCCCGGGUUUCCAAAGAACCCAAGAGCACACUGACAGGAUACGAGUUGAUGGCGGACAAGCUGGCUGGAUCUGCGAACGCCACCGGCACUGUCGGUACCCACCAAGGCAUCGUGCCCAUGUACCGCAAGUUCGAGCAACUGAACCACCGCGUCCUCUUGCAUCUGCAAGACGAGAUUUCCGAGCUGGAGGAGGAGCUGCGCUACCUCGACGAGUGCAUUGCACAUGCCUCUCCCCGAGACGAAUACGGUCGCUUCCAGCCCGCGUCCAGACGCAGAGAUGCCCGAUAUGGCAAUGACCUACACUUCCGAAGGACGGAGGUCCUGGGCAAGGUGUUUAUGAAAUUGAAUCAGUACAACCAAGCACUAUCAUCGUACAGUAACAUGAUCAAAGACCUUGGCCCAGCCAAAGCCGGAGACAUCCAAACCUACCAGAAGUGGAUGGAGCAGCGAACACCGAUCGAAGGCCCUGAAGCCCAAUUCCUCAAACGCAAGAACGACCUCGUAGCGAUUCCGCGGAGAGAAUCGAGGUCGUUGAUCAUCGGCGGCCUGCCGCAGCAAUCGCAGGCCAUCUACCUCCCGCUGAUUCUCGUCCUCCCGCUCAUGGCAUUCGCCAUUGUGCCCGGACUGCUCGGGCGGUUGUUCGUCAUCGCGAUGAUUGCUGCAGUGGAGGUCAAGAUCGUAAUGACGACGGAGCUGAAGGACUUCAUGACGGCGAGGGAAUGGGUCAUGUGUGGAUCAUGGUAAGUUUACACUUUCUCAUAUUUACUUUGUGGAGAAAAAGCCCUGGGAACCUUAUACGGCAUGGUCUCCCCUCGUGUGAGAGGACGGCGUUCAAACAAAACAAACGCAAGUAGUCUUUGCGGGGUGCAGGGGAGCCUGCACGUCGGAAAGGGUCCACCACCGCCGUGGCGCCACGGCCAGGGGAGAACAAAGACGGCCGGGCGCAAUUGUCUUUGCACGCAGCACAAACAGCAUUGUUGUUAGUGCCCGCUCCUUCCCCCAUGUCAGCGAAUAUUGUUUCGGUACAAAUGCUGCAUGCAUGUCAUGGAACACUCAUUUGGAGGAUUUGAUGGCGCUCAUGGCGGCUUUCAGGUCCCAU